GGCUACGUAGAGGCAGUGCGGGGCUUCUUCCAGAGGGGCGCCGAUGUCAACGGUCUAGACGCGUACCAAAACGCUCCUCUUCACUGGGCCAUUGCGCACGUGCCAAUGACACGGCUGCUCCUGGAGAAGGGGGCUCGCGUCAACGCCAAGAACAAUGAGGGCAGAACGGCGCUCCAUUGGGCGGUGCAAGAAGGGCAGGAGGAGGUUGCCAAAGUGCUCAUCGGGGCCGGCGCCGACGUCAAUGCGGCAGACAAGAAUAGCUUCACGCCCCUCCAUGUCGCGUCGCUGGAGGGGCUGGAAGGAAUUGUGCAGCUGUUGCUGGCGAAAGCUGCCCGAGUGGACGCCGAGGACGUUCAUCGGUGGACGCCUCUGCUUCUCGCGGGAAAAUACUGGCUGAAUGACAGUGCUACUUAUCUCGCUACCAAAGCGGCCAAUAUCAACGCGGAGGACUAUCACGGUCGAAGAAUACUGCACUGGGCUGCCUGGAACAACGGCACGAAGCUGGUGCGGCUCCUGUUAGACCGAGGUGCUGAUAUCAACGUGGCGGGUCGCUGGGGGAAGACUGCCCUGAUCUGGGUGAUUGAGUCGAUGAAAGGACGCAUGACGGAGCUGCUCUUGAAGCGUGGAGCA